AUGUCGGGGUUCUCGCCGAAGUUCAAGGAAACUUGGCAAAGGAAUAUCGAUGGUGAAACAACGGAGGGCAAAUAUACCCUCCGCGCCAUAACCCGCGAUGCCUCUUCUCCCGCUGCCCAGAAGCUCAAAACGCAAGGCGUAGAAACCGUCCAAGCCGAUGCCUCGGACAUAGAUAGCCUGAAGACCGCUUUAGCCGGUGCAUACACCGUAUUCGCCAUGACGCUUUCCAUCUACGACUCCCAACUCAAGGCACGAGAGGUGGCGCAGGGAAGGAACAUGGCCGACGCCGCCGUCUCCGCCGGCGCGCAGUACCUGAUUUUCAGCACCCUGCCCCAUGUGACAAGAAUCUCAGGGGGGAGAUAUACACACGUGGCGCCGUUUGAUAACAAAGCGGAAGUGGAACUAUACAUGCGCUCUCUGCCCAUCAAAGCUGCGUUUUUCAACCCCGGGGCCUUCAUGCAGAGCUUCCAUGGUGCUCUGGCGCCGCGGCCAGUGGGGGAUGGGACGUUUGUUAUCGCGUCGUCUGCGAGCAAAGAGACACAGUUCUCGCUCUUGGAUCCGGUGGCUGAUUCGGGGAAAUAUGUUGGGGCGAUUCUGGCGAGCCCGGGGAUGUUCGAGGGGAAACAGUUGUGUGCUGCUGAGAAUCAGUAUUCGCUGGAAGAAAUCGUAGCGUUGAUGAGUAGGGUUAGUGGGAAGACUGUGAGGUAUGUGCAGGUGGAGGAGAGUGUGUUUCGAGACUUUCUCCCUCCCAAUGGGAAGGACAUUUAUUCGGAAUUGAUGCUUUAUUAUCAAGACUUUGGCUACUUCGGGCCGGAGUCGAAGGAGUUGAGCGCGUGGGCGAGACAGUAUGCGAGGGGUAAGCUUACCAGCUUCGAGGAGUUCCUUAAGAACCAUCCUCUGUCGUCUUUGGAAGGUUGA